CGGACAGCAGUCCAGCAGCAGCGGGUUUCACCUGUGGGUGGUCUGUGAUUGGAGAGACCUUGCGCUUUUUACUCCGCCCCCCCUCCGGCGCGCUGCCCGCCUCCCCCAAACCAGAGCGCACUCCGCUCCUCAUUAUUACCGUCCUCCGGUCGCAGCAGAACAUGAGCUCUAAUCUCCGUCAGCGGACGUUGAACAAUAAAAAUGGUUUCCACCGGGUCUCCCGCCUGAUUCUGACUGAAGCUGCAGUUGUUUAGGAACGAGCUGCCACCGUCACCGGUUUUCUUUUUUGUUUGAUUUUUUUUUUUUUUUUUUACAUUUUUAAUUAAUUUUGGAUGCGCCAUGCAAUCUCGUUGGAGGAGUUGUGGCAUUCGGCCGGUGGCGUGGACGUGGACUUGGAGUCUGGCUGUGAUCGGAGCGUGGUGCAUCCCCGCAAAUGAAGUGAAUCUGCUGGAUUCUCGCUCUGUGAUGGGAGACCUCGGAUGGGUGGCUUAUCCAAAGAAUGGGUGGGAAGAGAUUGGGGAAGUAGACGAAGACUAUGCCCCCAUCCACACCUACCAAGUGUGUCACGUGAUGGAGCAGAACCAAAACAACUGGCUCCACACGAACUGGAUCCUGACCGAGGGUGCCCAGCGAGUGUACAUCGAACUGAAGUUCACGCUCAGAGACUGCAACAGCCUGCCUGGUGGAGUCGGGACCUGCAAGGAGACGUUUAACAUGUACUACUACGAAACAAACGGCGAUGAGGACGACAUGGAGGAUGGCAGGAUGAGGGAUGGGGUCGGCAUAACGGAAGAGGAAGACAGGGCGAUGAAGGAGAGCAGAUACAUCAAAAUUGACACCAUAGCAGCUGACGAGAGCUUCACGGAGCUGGACCUGGGGGACCGCGUCAUGAAGCUCAACACCGAAGUCCGCGAUUUGGGUCCUCUGACCCGGAAAGGUUUCUACUUGGCCUUUCAGGAUUUGGGGGCCUGCAUUGCGUUAGUGUCAGUGCGGGUCUUCUACAAACGUUGCCCGUUCUUGGUGAAGAGUCUGGCGGAAUUUCCUGACACCAUUCCGGCCUCGGAGGCGUCGCAGCUAGUCGAGGUGGUCGGCCACUGCGUCAAUAACUCGGUGCCCUUGUACGAGCCGCCACGGAUGCACUGCAGCACAGAGGGGGAGUGGUUGGUGCCCAUCGGGAAGUGCGUCUGCAAACCCGGGUUCGAGGAAGUCAGCGGAUCUUGUCAAGUGUGCAAAAUGGGGUUUUACCGCUCACAGCUGGAGUCUUCAGCCUGCAGUAAAUGUCCACCCCACAGUGUGGCCAGGCAGAUGGGGGCCACGACUUGCAGCUGUGAAGAUGGAUACUAUAAGAUCGACUCGGACCAUCCUAAUAUGGCCUGCACACGCCCUCCCUCAGCUCCACGGAAUGCAAUCUCCAAUGUCAACGAAACUAGCGUCUUUUUGGAGUGGUCCACUCCGAUGGAGACGGGAGGCAGGAAAGAUGUCCGCUACAACAUCCUGUGCAGACGCGUCUUACCAGAUGGGAGAGGUUUGGAGGAGUGCGGCCCCAACGUGCGGUUUCUGCCACGCAGACUCGGCCUAUCUAACACCUCGGUGAUGGUGGCUGACCUUCAGUCGCACACCAACUACAGCUUCCUGUUGGAGGCUGUCAACGGGGUGUCGGAGCUUGCCAAAGACCAUGCAAAGCAGUAUGUGACACUUAAUGUGACAACCAAUCAGGCAGCACCCUCCCCAGUAAGUGUGGUAAGGAAAGGCCAUACAGGAAAGAGCAGCAUCGCCCUUUCUUGGGCAGAACCCGAUCGCCCUAACGGCAUCAUCCUGGAGUACGAGAUCAAGUAUUUUGAAAAGGAUCAGGACUCCAGUUAUACCAUAAUAAAAUCGAAAGAAACAGAGAUGGUGGUGGAAGGCUUGAAACCGUCUUCGGCCUACAUCUUCCAGGUACGGGCCAGGACCUCAGCAGGUUACGGUGCAUUUAGCCGACGUUUUGAAUUCCAGACAAGCCCUUACUUAACUGCCACCAGCGAGCGUGCUCAGGCUUCGAUAAUAGCGGUGGCCAUCACGUUGGCUCUGGUUCUGCUGGCGGUGGUUGCUGGCUUCCUGCUCAGUGGACGGCGAUGUGGCUACAGCAAAGCAAAGCAGGAUCCUGAAGAGGAAAAAAUGCACUUUCACAAUGGUCACAUAAAGUUCCCUGGGGUCCGUACUUACAUUGACCCCCUCACUUAUGAGGAUCCCAACCAGGCAGUACACGAAUUUGCACAGGAGAUUGACGUUUCAUGCAUCUCCAUUGAAAGGAUCAUCGGUGCUGGGGAAUUUGGCGAGGUGUGCAGCGGACCCCUGAGGCUGCCUGGCAAAAGAGAGAUCCAAGUUGCCAUCAAGACCUUGAAAGCGGGCUACACGGAGCAGCAGAGACGCGACUUCCUGUGGGAGGCCUCGAUCAUGGGCCAGUUUAACCAUCCAAACAUCAUCCGCCUGGAGGGGGUUGUCACCAAGAAAAAAUGAUGGUCAGUUUACGGUUAUCCAGCUGGUCGGUAUGCUGCGGGGCAUCGCAUCUGGCAUGAGAUACCUGUCAGACAUGGGUUAUGUCCAUCGCGAUCUGGCAGCGCGGAAUAUCCUCGUCAAUAGCAACCUUGUGUGCAAAGUGUCUGAUUUUGGUCUUUCUCGGGUCCUGGAAGAUGAUCCAGAAGCAGCUUACACUACACGGGGCGGGAAGAUCCCUAUUCGCUGGACAGCUCCUGAGGCGAUCGCAUACAGGAAGUUCACCUCCGCCAGCGAUGUGUGGAGUUACGGGAUUGUCAUGUGGGAGGUCAUGUCGUACGGAGAGAGGCCUUACUGGGAUAUGUCCAAUCAAGAUGUUAUAAAAGCAGUAGAAGAGAGCUACAGGUUGCCUGGCCCGAUGGACUGCCCCGAAGCGCUGUACCACCUGAUGAUGGACUGCUGGCAGCGGGAACGCAGCAGUCGACCCAAGUUCGAUGAGAUCGUUUGUCUGCUCGACAAGUUUAUUCGCAACCCCAGUUCAUUAAAGAAGUUGGUCAACUCCUCACACAGGGUUUCCAACUUGUUAGUUGAGCAUGCCAGUGUAGAAGGAGACUGCAGCACUCGAGGCAAGACUGUCGGCGAGUGGCUGGACUCCAUCAAGAUGGGCCGGUACACAGAGCUCUUUAUGGAGGGAGGCUACUCCUCGCUCGAAACAGUUGCUCAAAUGACAUCAGAGGACCUUCGAAGAGUAGGAGUGAAUCUGGCUGGACAUCAGAAAAAGAUUAUCACAAGUAUUCAGGAGAUGAGAGUCCAUAUGAACAGCACCAGCUCUGCUGUAAACAUCUGAUGCAUACGUAGAAGCGUGCACACCAUCAGACAUCCAUAUGCGCACACGAGUUAAAACCGAUGUAUGGACCUAGCAUGUAAUCAAAGAACUGUUGGACCUAGAACGGCUUAGCACUUUCUGAAGACGAGGAAACCCUAGGUUCUAUGGAUCUGCACUUGAUGAUCUGCGUUGUGGUGAGUUUUGUGUGUUGAGCUCGUGGCGAUAAAGUAUACUGCAGAGCUAAAACCAAACUGGACUGAACCGGACCGAAUGGUGCUAUGCGAAGGACUGAGGAAGGCGAAUAAAGCCGGGACUAAGGGAUGUUUUUUUUUUCAUUUGACUUUUCUGGAUUUUCUGGAUUCUUACAUUAUUUGCACUGUUUGGAUUUCCUCAACCUAGGAACAAAGCGGUGCCCUCUUUUUGACUGCACCACGUUGGACGUUUUGAUAAAAGUGGGCUCAAAAUGGAACUUUUGAAUCUGUCUCAGGUGAGACGAGCAAACCCGGUCUGAACAGAACGUAUCCAAUAGCCAUAGCUUUGGACGUACACUACCUUUUACAAGUCACUGAAUUGAAAAAAAAAAAAGUUCUCAGGCAGGGCAAAAAUAUUGGACCAAGAUUAUAAUUAUUAUAAGUGUGAGUUGUCGGUUUAGCAUAUUGAUCUUAUUUGUUUGUUAUCCUGUCUCGGAGAGGUUUUAAUGCCACAAAACUGCAUCCACACUCUUGCUGUAGGAAUCUUUGAUGUUCAUAUGCCAUCCUUCACAAAAAACAAAUCAAUUAAACACAUAGUCAUGGACUAAAGGUAAUAAACUCUAUGAAAAUGCCGAACUAAGGCUAUGACAGAGACAACAAAUGGGCCUUCUUUGGGCAUGUGGAUACUUUAGAAAUGUUCCUUUGCCUGAAUGUAAUACAUUGGAAGAAUGUGGCAAUAAUCUUCCUGGUCCUUAAAACCAGCUUCUGAAUGAUGCCAGAGAUUGUAAAACAUUUAGUCGACAAGCUUGAAAGUCUAUAAAGACUUUUAGUUUCCUAUUAAAAAAAAAAUCACCCGUAUAUCAACAUCCGACCAACAACUCUAAUAUUCAAUUGGUUUGUUUUGAAAAUCAGAUACUUGAAAGAUGCAUGUUUUAAGGAAAUGUUGACUCAGAUACGGCUAACCCCUUUGUUUGAAAGCCCUAGCCAUAACAACAUAGAUCGUUUGCUUAACUCCGAAUCAUACGAGAGUAUUUCACAGACAAACGGGAGCCUUUUCCCAUUGUUUCAUUGUUCGCCCAGAAGUAACAGAGAGAAAUCUCACUCCAAGUAAAACACAAGUGGAAUGAUGUAUCAUUCUUUUUACGACUUUCAUGGAAAGGUUUGGAGAAUUCUCACUUAAAUACUGCAUAUUUUGUGUUCAUAAUCUGUGUGACGUUUUUUUUUUUUUUUUUGCCCACAGAAGAGUCAAAUCAAUCUAAUGGGAUCUUGAUUGGUGUUCUGGUCUUGACACCUUGACAUGAUCCCAAAAACAGCCUUCACCGGUCAGGAGUGCAUUCAGCCGUCUUUUAACAAGCCUUCACUUAGAAAACAGUAACCUUCAGGUACCACAGAAAACCCUCAGUAAUCUGUUCAGUUCACCGUGCCGCACACUAUCUCUUCCACGCUUGUGUGCCACACCGCAAUAAACCUCACUCUGACAGGACUGCUGUAAAAAAAAAAAAAAAAACAGUAACAAACAGGAAAAAAGGCAAUAUUGAUAAACUUGAUAAUCAUUUAUUUGUACUUGUUUAAAGAAAAUUGUGAACAGUUUGUUUCAUUAUUGUGCUUUCUCAUGGACUACUUAGCAGCUCCGCGUACAUGUUCUUCAUGUAAAUAAUGUAUUAUACAUUUAAAGCAGGGUGCAUUGUUCCUUCGUCUGCCAUCACGUGGACAACUUGACAUUGAUUAUACAUUUCAGAGUUGGUAAAUGUGACAGAUUCUACGAAGCCGCAUUUUUGCUCGGAUGUCUUGGAGGGGGCUAACAGCACAUUUGUCUCCUACCAAGGGUUUCAGAGGGAAUGUGCAGAAAGACGAGACUUAAAAUAUUUUUUUUGUUGUCGGUGGUUGUGUUUUCUUUUAAGUUCCAAUGGAAGGCAGAGGACUUUUUUUUUCAGGGCCCAUACUUUUGUUUGUGCGAGUACGUAAUGCGUAUGCACAUAGUUUGCUUUCGUUGUAUGGUUUAAAAGUAAAUGAUGUCAGUAAUUAGUCCAACCUGUGCUUCACUUCUCUUCAGUAUGGAAUAAUUUCAUUGUGAAUUAUUACUAAAACUCAACCCCUUUGAAUGCAGUGUCCAGAUCUGCAGAAAGUAUUCACACUAUAUCUGUGUUUGUAGAUGAUUUAUAUAUUUCUUUGUCCAUUUACUGUAAAGCUUUGGUAUAAAGUUGGGGGGGGAGGAAGAGUUAUUUCUGUCUAGAGGGGGUUUUACUUGACCAUAUGAAAGCACACAAGAAGAAUGUAAGGUUUUAAAGGAGUGUUCCGCUUUUUCGAAGAGCAUGUUUAGCUUUUGAGCCAACUGUUGAUGGUGGAUAAAAGAGGACUUACUGCUGUAAAAAAAAAAAAAAUCUCAGCUGAUUGAAUGUAAGAGGGUUUGUUUCAGAUUUGAAGUUCUGCAAGGGUUGGUAGUGUUUCUAAGAUUAAAAGUGGUCCCAAGUGAACGAUUAAUUACAGGAAGCAUAGCAUCUGCAUAGUCUCUGUAGUCUGCUCAUUAUAUGUGUAGCUUUUCUCUUCCAGAUUUAAUUUAUUUCAUUCUAUGUUUUAUUUAUUAGAAUAUUUCAAACUAUUCUGUGACAUUUUUAAACAUUUUUUUUUUCUUUUUAGAAAAAUACUUUUCAAAAAUAAUUUUGAGAAGAAACAAGAAAUGCAGUUAACGCACUCAGAGGCUACCGUGGCUAUGCAGGUUUGUUUAUUAGAACGGAUCAACAAGCAGAAGUGUUGAAUAUCUUAAAUCAAGAUGUAAUGUUGUCAGCUGUUGUUACCGGCACUCUUUCCGGCUUAAUUUUCAACUUAAAUCCCACGCGUGGCGCAUGAACAAUUGGUGAAUAAUACAGCCUUAUAAGUGCCUCGCAUUUUCUAAGCACUGUUGUUUCCGCGCCUGUCAAAACAAUACGUCCUAACCGUACCCCAACUUUGUACAAUAUUCAUUCUUUGCCAACAAUGUCUCCAGGCAAUGAGAAGAAUGUCAGACAAUGUGUAUGUUGGAACUAAUUUCAGUUGCACUUUAUGGGAUAUUUGUCUUUUUUUUUUUUUUUUUU